UUGUCAGUUGUUUACGUGCAACGCGCACGAGUAGAAAAACAUUAUUAUAGUGUGUUAUUGAUUCAAGACAAGAUAAUAAGUGAAUACAUAAUACAUAAUGGUUAAAUAACGGCUCAUAGUUCAGUAUUAUUCCAGUGGUUUACAGUGAUAUAGUGUAUUUUGAGUUGUUCAAAAAUGGCCGUCAAUGACGAUAAGAAGCCGAAGUUUAUAAUCGACAAUGAUGCCGGUGGAGACGAUGCGAUGGCCAUAUUCUUGGGCUUACUGUACGAGAAGUAUUUUGAUGGACCCAAGCUGGUAGCGUUGACGACAGCAAAUGGGAACACAAAAGAAGACAACGUCUAUCACAACAACCAAAAAGUAUUAAAAGUAGCCAAUCGACAAGAUGUGCCAAUAUACAGGGGUUCCAAAGAAUCUAUAGUGACAACUCCAAAGGUGUCAAACUAUUAUGGUGUUGAUGGACUAGGAGACACUGGAGAAACCUUCCCUGAUCUGGUACCAGCACAGACUGAGGGUGCUGUCAAUGCCCUCAUUAAGUACUCUAAACUUUAUGAAGGAAACCUGACAGUGAUAACUAUUGGAACAUUGACAAACGUAGCUUUGGCUAUCAAAUUGGAUCCGGACUUUUUGUCAAGAUUGAGCCAUUUGUACAUCGGCGCUGGACAUAUUCACAGUGAAAAGUAUCCGUUGCCAGAGUUCAACGCUCGUAUGGACGUGGAAGCAUACCACAUUGUAGUAAGGAACGCUUCUCCGGACAAAGUCACCAUCUUCCCCUUCUCACAAACUAAGGAGUACUUGACUUUUAGUAAAGAUUGGAGAUUCAACACACUCGGAAAAAUCGACACAGAGAUAAUAAAAGAACAGAAUAAGUAUGAAAAGGUAGCUCUGGACAACGAAGAGACCUGGCAAGCGUUGGACCCAGCAACAGUGGCAUUGUAUCUGCGACCAGACCUAGUUGCUGAAUACAAAUAUUCGAAGCACGACGUUCAUGUUUGCGGUGACAAAAGAGGUAUAAUGAAAAACGAUUUUGUUGAAAAAGACAAGGCUAAUGUCAGAGUGGCGUAUGCAGUAAAGGCAGAAGAUUACAAAGUGUUCCUUCUGAAUGUUUUUGGAGCAGAACUAAAUGAUCCUUCUCGCUCUAAGAAGGCGUGAAAGUAUUACAAUUAUGAGGGUUUUGUAAUGUGAUGUGAUAUAUGUAUAUAUUUUUUGUAAUAAACUAUGUACUUACCUACGUA